AUGCCGCCAUCUCAAGCCAAAGCAUGGUCGUUGGUAGUGGUCUUGGCAGCAGCAGCACUUGCACCAAGAGGUGCCUUUGCGCAGACGUCCACUGUGACAUGCCUAUCCUCCUUUAGUUGGAUGGACAACAGUCUCAAGCAAAAUCCUUGCGUCGUUGCUUCCUACCUCGAGAGCGUCUGUGGAGCUAUCAACUUCGCUCCUUUACCUUCCGGUUACUACUACGCACCUCCCUCGGCCGCUUCAGCAAACACUUGCGUAUGUAAUACAGUAACCUACUCGAUGGUUAGCGCUUGCGCUGACUGCCAGAAUGCCACAUAUCUGGAAUAUCCGAAUGACAUUCCCACUGGCACCAAGGUUCCGAAUUGGGCAUAUUUGAACGUGACCGGUGGGUUCGACCCCGUCGCAGCGCAAAGCAACGGAGACCUCCCGGAAUCUACCGCAACCAAUGUACCUACUAUCACAGUCACUUAUUCGACCACCUUGUCUGCUUCCUUGACUGGCGUGUCUACUUUCACCAGUUCUUCGGGCGCAGCCACAGGAUCUUCAACAUCAUUGACUGGCGUGUCUACUUCUUUGACCAGCGUGUCUACUUUCACCAGUUCUUCGGGCGCAGCCACAGGAUCUUCAACAUCAGCAUCUGAUUCGACAAGUUCCAAUGUUGGAGCUAUAGCUGGGGGUGUUGUUGGUGGAAUUGCGGGAGCUGCAGCCAUCAUUGGCCUUGCGACAUGGUACUUUUUCAAACGCCGUCGCUCCUCCACGACGCCAUCAGCCGCUUUCAAUGACAUAGGCGGAGGUCCGGGCCAGACUCAAGGUUUUUACUCCACCAACGCUACUACAUUCCCAAUGGCGGAGCAAUCACGUCUCUACGACCCCUCUGACCCGACUACUUUCCCAGGUCGUCUUCACCCCCUCACUGGCCCAAUCGCCUCAUCUAGCAACACAAACCUAAACCCGUCGAUGCCCUCACCCGUCUUUCCCCAACAAUCGCGCUCUGGACAGUACGCUGGCAUUCCACAAGUCUAG